AUGCCAACAAUACCCCUCCACCUCCCCGACCGCACAACCUCAUCCCAAGACAACCCCCUCCCUCCACUCCUCCACACGCCCUCGGGCCUCGCAAUCCUCGAACUUCAAGGCACAAUCCACUUCCCAACACCCGUUCCCGACGCACAACCCUCCACGCUCGUCGGCAACAUCGUCUUCCCCCACUACAAACCCGACGCCGACCCCAAAGACACGAAGUGGAUGAAGAGAGUCUACUUCUAUAUCGGCAAGAACCAGCGGAUGGCAGGCGAGUGCAAGAAGCUUGCGAAGCCGUUCGCGGUCGUGAGGAAGAGGGGUACGAGCGGUGGUGCCGGCGGGGGUGAAGGAGAGGAUGUGGAUAUGGAGGGUGGGGAGGGGGGAAGGGAAGAGUUGGAGAUCGCGGAGAUCGUCAGGUACAAGAUUGGUGGGCUCCCGGUCCGCUUGCUGGGGCGUCGUCGAAGAGACGUCGGUUGCGACCAUUGGACUUCCAGGAACCCGGGACCGGUUGCGGUACUCCGGAUUUCAACCCAGCAUGCUAUCGAGCAAUACGGGGCCGCGAUCAUAUCAUCGAGCCUUGCUGAGCUAGCUGCGGAGUGCAUCGAAGCGAUGCGCCUAUGCCGGCAACAGAGACUUCUACAAACAGGACAUCCUGGCGCCAGGCCCCUUCCCAACGUCGCACUCUACUCCAAGCUUCUCGAUCCCACUAUAGACGACCAAUCUUGCGACUACUACCACCAAUGCCAACCGGGCGCCUCAUCCCCCGAGCCCAUCCCCGAAGAACCCGCCCCAGAACCCCCCGCCGCAACCGAAGUCCUCCCCGGCACGCCAAUCGCAACAGGCGUGCCCGCGGGCUCCGGCCCCGGAAAGCAACUCCAGACAGGCUACUACUGGAUCCGGGGCGUCGCGGCGCCCAACUUCCACAAGUACAUGCAGUCGAAGCCGCUGUACGCCACGGGCCCCGCGGUGCUGGGCGACUACACGACGGCAGGGCAGUUCCAAGUCGUGGGUGACCAGCUCGUGCAACUUGUGUCGGGUCCCGGCGAGAAGCCGGAGAAGUUGCUGUACGGUGUCGUGGGCGAGGAGAGGGUGAUCAAUAAUAACAGCCUGGGCGUGACGUGGAGCGAGGCGAAGAAUGCGUACGGAAAGUUUGCGUGGAAUGGCGAUGGGUUGGUGUGGAGCGUUGCUGGGGUGCAGAGGCCGAAUGCUGCGGCGUGGUAUGUGUGUGAGGGCCAGAAGAUGUAUAUUAAUCUGGGGAAUUACUUGUAUCAGACUCCGAAGGGGUGUGCGGAUCAGACGAUUCAUUAUUAUAAUGAUAAGACGGCGAACAAUUAGAAGGUGGAUCUCACAUCAUUGUCAACACAGCUUAGUGAGAGAAGAUAGAGGGAGUGUGAGCGAGAGAGAGUUGUAUAUAUCAAGGACGUGAAUGUAAAUGAAUCUACC